CCGGGGAAUUAUUGUUUGAGUAGUAUAAUUAUGUUUGACUUGAAGAAGAGGAAUAGUUUGACUCUGAGAGUCAACCGUGAGACAGAGGAAUUCAGACGCGUGGCCAUCAGGCGGAGAGACAAAAGUGUAGUGGACGAAUGCCACGUCUCAGACGUGAGCGGCGGCGUGUGUGGCUUGUACAGCUGCGGUCGGGCUUGUGACAGUUUCCGUGGUCCGAUACCAAACUCUAAAGCUGAAGGUGGUGGAAAAAACCCAGCAAAGAGAUCGCCGCUGAAACCGGAAGUGCCUCCUGAACCAGCUCACCUCCAGAGCCCUAAGAGCCCCAGACGGGAUCAGGGCUGCACUCCGGCAGCAGGAAAAGUAUCACUCCAGCAAGUUAAUGGCGCCGAGCCCGACCGGAGUCCCAGCAGGGAUUAUGGAGUCUCUCUUCCCUGUGUGAGCCCCGCUCUAAGUCCAGUUGGAGGUGGGGUGAGCUAUUUUCUGAGUCCAGCAUCGUGGGCCCAUCUCGGCCCUGCCAGUCAUGCUCAAGGACUUCCAAGUGGUCCGGUUCUGGGAUCUCCAAGUCCAGGCAAAAGAGGCAUUCAGAGCUGCAGCCCAUUGAGAGAGGGAGGCCACAGCCCUGCCAAGCUGUCCCCAAGAAACCACAGUCCUCUCAUGGGAAAGCUGCGGACCCCGAGUCCUGUUCAGAAGAGAAUGGGCAGCUAUAGCCCUGCCAGAAACUCCAAGUCCUGGCUGGGUCUGAACAGAAUCUCAAACGAGCAGACGGAAAGACGGGAGAAGAAAGUGGAGAAGGCUGUGAGCGUGCCCGACCUGGUCAUUUACAUGGAUGAGGGCAGGAUUUCUGCUGAAAAAGGUGAACGCUGGCCGCUGAAACCUCUGCAGUCAGCCAGCCGCGAUGGGCCUGGGAUCAGCAUCAACGCCCCUGCCGACUGUCGGCUCAGACGCACCUCAAGUGAAGAACCGUCUUCUAACAAUAAAAGUGGUCCGUCACAGCAAACGGACCGGGUGACUUCGGGGGAAGACUGGCCAGAAGUACAUGGGACGGGGAUGAGUGAUAAAAUGGAAGGAGGUGUGAAGCUGACGAGGCAUGGCUCAAGAUAUUCCUGCGAAUGGACUAAAACGCCUGCAGAUGAUGAGAGGACUCACAGGGAGUCCAGAGGGGAAGAACAUGGGGAAGAGGGAACAAACGAACCGGGAGAAAGCGAGCCAAAAGAAGAGGAAGACGCGGAAAACAAGCUGUACAAGAUCGCCAAUGAACUCCUGCAGACUGAGAGGGCCUACGUGGCUCGCCUCCACCUGCUUGACCAGGUCUUCUGUUCGCGUCUGACAGACGAGGCGGAUCGAGGCUCAUUUCCUCUCGAAGUCGUGAGAAAUAUCUUCUCAAACGUGUCCUCCAUCUACUCCUUCCACAGCCAGUUUCUGCUGCCGGACCUGGAAAACUGCAUCUGCUGCUGGAGGGAGAGUCCCGGUCUGGGUAAAGCUCUCCUGCAGCAUGCACCUUUCCUGAGGAUGUACGCCGACUACGUCAGGAACUUCGACCAGGCCAUGGAGCUGGUGAGGACUUGGACCGAACGCUCGUCUGCUUUCAGAAACGUGAUCCAGGAGAUACAGAGUCAGGACGUGUGUGGCCACCUCACCCUGCAGCACCACAUGCUGGAGCCGGUCCAGAGGGUUCCUCGCUACGAGCUGCUGCUGAGGGACUACCUGAAGAAGCUGCCGGGCGACGACCCGGAUUACGAGCUGUCUCAGAAGUCCUUGCAGGCCAUUUCCAUGGCAGCCACUCACUCCAACAGCGCCAUCCUCAAAGCCGAGAGCCUGAAACGGCUGCUGGAGAUCUACGAGAUGGUUGGAGAGGAGGAGGUGGUGAACCCGACCAACGAGUUUCUCAGGGAGGGUCGUCUGCUCAAGCUGGCUGCCAGGAACACGUCGGCCAUGGAGAGACACCUCUUCCUGUUCAACAACUUUCUCCUGUGCUGCUCUCCGAAGUUCAGCCUGGUCGGGCAGCGUUUCACUGUCCGUUGCAGGAUCGGCGUCGACGGCAUGCACGUCCAUCAGACCACCAACGAAGAUCACCCCUUCACCUUUCAGGUCUCUGGGAAGGAGAAGACAGUCGAGCUGCAGGCCAGCUGCGAGCAGGAACGAGACGAAUGGAUAAAGGCCGUUCAGGAAGCCAUCGACGUGUUUCAGCAGAAGCAUGAAACCUUCAAACUGGCUUCGAGGGAGUUAAAUGUGGAGGAUCCAAUGAAGGAACUCGGCCGACGGGCCCCUCGCUGGAUCAGGGACAACGAGGUGACCCUGUGCAUGACGUGCCGGGAGCCUUUUAAUGCGAUCACCAGGAGGAGACACCACUGCCGGGCGUGCGGCUUCGUGGUCUGCUGGAAAUGCUCCGACAAUAAAGUGGCGCUGGAGUAUGACGGUAAUAAGCCGAACAAAGUGUGCAAAGCUUGUUAUUCCAUCCUGACGGGCCGGAGGGGCGAACGGGCCGACAGAAAGAAGAGAAGAACCCUGGACGCUGAGGCCGGUGCAGGGGCCCGUGACGGCGUGAUGAGCGGUUUCCUGCAGCACGGAGACGACUCUGGGAAUCUGCAGACGGUGUGGUGUGUUCUUACCGGGACCGAUCCUCCCGUCCUGCAUGUGCAAGCAGCUCAGCAGGACGUGAAGCCUUUAUUCAGUCUACCUCUCCUCGGCUGCAUGGUUGAGGUUCCCCCCCAGGAGCUUUCAGGUCAGCACAGUUUCUGCCUCAAACGGUCCAAAGCCGCCCACGUUUUCUCCUGUGACGGUCCCGACGCCAGGCAGAGCUGGCUGACUGCUCUUAAGGUCGCGGUGACGGGCAGGAUGCCGCCAUCCCUGACCGUCUCUGCCGACGGCGUCAGCGGGGUCACGUCCAGCAUGAAUGCCAACGUCGUCUGUCGGGAUGAAGAAUCUGCCAUCGGUGGUGUUGAGGAAAAUCUCCCCUGAGUGUUACAGGUGGACUACAGAAAAUAGGAGAAGUGUUUGCAGCACAAGUGGCUGUGCACUUUAUUUCUGAAAUGGUUUACAGUAAAAUAAAUAAAGUGAAGCUGUUUUAACGAGUGGGACGAUCCCUUCAGCGACAAAGAUGUUUGCUCCAGCUCUGUACAGGGUGUGGAGGGUCAUGUGACAGCUUAAGUGACUCGCAGGAUGGUUUCAGUGAUAAAAGGGCUCCGAGGUCAUAAAUGCUGUAGAAAACACAUUCAAUUCAUCCAGUUUCUUCAUGUGAAGUAAAAUAUUUACACUCCAAAAGUUUACAUCCAAAACAAAAAGUGAAUGUUGGAAAAAUGACAUCACACAGACCAAAAGCACCAGCUCGUACCUCACCGACUGUUUCUGUAACAUGGUUGAUUUAAAAACAUUUUUUUUAAGUGUUUCACAAUUUGGGUGAUUUUUCUUGCAGCAUAAUCGUGAUUAAAGCCUUAAAUCCUAGUGUUUAAACGCUUGGUGUGUCAUGUCUUUAUCAUAUAUUUAGGAGAUGUCAUAAUUUACAUAAUUGUCCCAAAAAAGUACAUAAUUUCUAAUCAAUUAAA